CGUUUCACUGCCUUCUCAGAAUCAGAAAUAGCAUUUGCGCACGUUCUCAUGCCGCCGAAGCCAAAACCACGUAAAGUCGUAAAGGCGCCAAACAGCGCGUCUCCCCAGAUGAAGUCAAUAGAACCAAAAGUCGCUCAACAGGAUACUGCGAUGCUCCCUCCAUCCGUACCACCAAAAGCCAUGGCCAUUCUCGAGCCUGAAAUGAACGCGCUCAUGGAUUGCUUAAAGAACGCCGUGGUAAGAACCGCUCAGAUUUAUUCAUUUCAUGCCGAUUCACGAAGACUUGGUAUCAAUAGAUAUGCUCCAUAUCCACCUCGAUCUUUGACAGAUUCGCUCGGACGCGAGGUCGAAAAAUUCGAUCAACUAUACGAUGUUAUGGAGUCGCGCUUGCUUCGAGCAAUAGCUGUGCUAGAGAGAGACCUAGCUAGAGAGCAGCGUCGCGCUCGCGAAGCAGAGAAUGCCGCGAUCGCUUCUCGUACUCGUUCCAAAUCUACCUCAGAAUCUCCAACCACACGCAAAGUUCCUUUGCCUCCACUGGAUGUUAACACGGAUGUCGUCAUGGGUCCACCAGCUCUUCCGGCUCAAGCAUCUCCUCCCCAGGGUCUUUCCAAUCCCACUCGCCGCGGAUCUACUAUCUCCCUAUCAUCCCUGCACCGCCCCCCAUUCCCUCUCAAACUUGACCUCUCCUCAUCUUCGCUCCGCAUGUCCGCAGAAGAAGCCGCUUUAUUUUCCCAGAGUUUACCGUCUCCGGUAUCCCUUGCACCAAAAUCAGCACGGCCUUCAGCUCAAACGGAGCUAGACCUCAUGGCUGCGUUUGCUAGUUCUUCACAGCACGUUGACAUUGAUUUAACUGCCGAUGAUGAUCCCCCUAUGCCUCCUGUCGAUGCGUCCCUGGGAAACUCAGUAGACAAACCCAUCGAGCUCGAUCUCGACUCCAUCGACAUGGAAAUAUCAACCAUGACAGACCUUUUUGGAGAUGGAGCUGAGGCAGGCUCUGGAGAGAACAGUGGGGUAGAAGGGAUAUUCUCACCCGUCACCCCUGACGCCGGUGCUUCAAACCCCGCAAAAGAGUCCCAAGAAGGCGGACUCGACAUGGAAAUGCUUGGCGCACUAUCAGCAGUGGAUAAUAACAACCACGGUAAUGACGUCUUCGGACCAUCAGACGCCAACGCCCUGCAAUCUGGGCAACAUCCCUCGCUUGGAGUCCAGAAUGCGCAUCCUGGAAAUGUAGCGCCUUCCCCCAGUGCAAUUCUCGCUAGCUUCGAUGCUUCUCAGUCAGAUGGAACAACUCACCAGCUUCCGGAUGGGGACGGAAAUUUCGAUUUGUCUGCCCUUGACUUCGACCCUUCCUUCUUCCAUCAGUCUUCGGAUAUGAACUUGAUGGAUAUGCAGGCUUUGCUGGACAUGGGGCAGAGUGGGGGCAGCUCUGACGGGUCAAAACCUACAUCGUGAAAGUCGUUGUUCACUUGCAGUAAUGCACAUUGUUCGAAUUUUCUAAGUUGAUGAUAUUGAUGACAUAGUAAGCUAUCAAGAAUCAGGAUGGACAUUCCCAGACCAGCUGUCAUUCAUAUCGCUAGCAAUAAUGACCUUUUACCUUACUUCGGGUCAUGAUCAAUUAACUACAUGGC